AACCUCUUAAACGGUCACUUGCAGCUAUAACAAAAGAAAAUAAUCAACUUCACGUUGAUUUGAUUCAAAAAGUUGAAGAUAAUAAUAAAGAACUUAUAAAAAAUAAAUUUUUAAUUCGAAAAUAUGAAAAAGAGAAUAUGGAUUUGAAAUUUUUAAAUUCUCAAUAUUUAAUACAAACUCAAUUAACGGAAAAAAAAUUUCUAACUGAAAGAAGAAAAAUUGAAGAAUUAUUAACCAUUUAUAAUGAUACUAAUAGUACUAAUAAUAAUAUAGGAAAAGGAUCUAAAAAAAAUGGUUUUUUGGAACUCGUUCUUGAAAGUAUUGAAAUGGAUGAAGUAUUAGAUCCUAUGCCGGACGAAUUUGAUGUUAUCACUCCACCAAACCCUCAAAUAGUAGAUAUUGUACGGCAGAGUCAGAAAAUAAUUAAGGAACUUGAACAAUCAAAUAAAAAAUUAUCGGAUAAAGAAAAAAAUCUUCAAGAACAGAUCCUAAAUCUUCAACAACAGAUUGUUUCACGUGAAAAAGAAAUAGCGCGUCUUGGAUCAUUAUUAAUUAAUAAGCGAUCCGGAAAAUUUGGUGCCUCUUCAUCGUCUGAUGCAAAUUCAAAAGUUCAACAACUUGAGUCUCAGCUGGAAUAUCUGCAGGAAUACGUAAUUGGAUUAGAACAGGAUAUAACAGAUCUUGAGAAAGAAAAAACAAAUAUUAUUAAAGAGACAGAAGAAGAAAAACAGGAAAUUUUAGAAGAACUCCGGGAUGCACGUGAAAAGGACGUCAAAUUGCUUAAUGAAUUACAGAAAUUAGAACACUUAGUUAAUGAAUUAGGAGAAACUAAUACGCAUUCCUGGAAAAAAAACAAAAUAAAAGUAACUUUGGUGAGCGUCUAUCUUAAGUAAUAACAAGGAAGAACUUCAGCAAGAAUUAGGCCAAUCAAUUCAAACUCUGUCUGAAACAACGAAUACACAAUUUAAAAUUGAUUUUGAAAAUAUUUCAAAUGAGAACGAUCAUCUUAGGAGAGCAUUAGAU